AAACAAAACCCAAAAAGAAAGAAAGAAGCAAGAAGAAAAGUCACACUUUCCUCCUCCCUUCCUCUCAAUUUUUGAACUAUAUAUAUACACACCUCAAAGACUCCGCCUUCCACAACAACAUAUAAUUAUUAUCUCAUCCAACUUGAAUUGAAACUAUCUCUGAAUUCGAUAUUUUUCAGGAAAUUCUACAAACCGUAGAAGCGGUUGAUGUGCAGCGGUUCAAAGAGCAAAAAUUGCCCUUUUGAUUUGGAGAUGGAGGCUGAAUUUCAAGAGAAUAAGGGAAGAGCUGCCUUCAGAAAUUGCUCAAAGUUGCUUGAGUUGGCAGCCACAGACGAUCUCGAUGGUUUUAUAUGUGAAGUAGAGGAGAGGGGUUGUGAUAUUGACGAGGUGAGCUUUUGGUAUGGCAGAAGCUUUUGCUCAAAGGAGAUGGGGCUUGAAAAGAGGACCCCUGUUAUGAUUGCUUCGUUGUACGGUAACACUGAGGUUUUGAAGUAUAUUCUUGGAACUGGAAAGGUUGAUAUCAAUAGAUCAUGUGGCUCAGACGGGGCUACUGCUCUCCACUGUGCUGCAGCGGGUGGAUCGUGGUCGUCAGUCGAGGUUGUCAAACUCUUGAUUGAUGCCUCUGCCAAUUUCUGUGCUGUUGAUGCCAAUGGGAAGAAACCUGGUGAUCUGAUUGCUCCUUGUAUAAAGUCCUCCAGCAAUUCGAAGAGGAAAACGUUGGAGAUGCUGUUGAAUGGCUUAAACGUCGAGGCUGGUGAUGAGGAGGACGAGCAAGGAAACAGAACCACCACGGCCGAGAAAAAGGAAUAUCCCAUUGAUGUAUCUUUGCCGGAUAUAAACAAUGGUAUAUAUGGAACUGAUGAGUUCAGGAUGUAUAGCUUUAAGGUGAAGCCUUGUUCAAGGGCUUAUUCUCAUGACUGGACAGAGUGCCCUUUCGUCCAUCCUGGUGAGAACGCGAGAAGGCGUGAUCCAAGGAAGUAUCACUACACUUGUGUGCCUUGCCCUGAAUUCAAGAAGGGAACUUGUGCUAAGGCCGAUGCUUGUGAAUAUGCUCAUGGUGUUUUUGAGUCCUGGCUUCAUCCCGCACAGUAUAGAACCCGGCUUUGCAAGGAUGAGACUGGAUGCUCGAGGAAAGUAUGUUUUUUUGCGCACAAGCCUGAGGAGUUGCGUCCGUUGUAUGCUUCUACGGGUUCAGCUAUGCCUUCCCCAAAGUCUGUUUCGGCCAAUUCAAUUGACUUCGCAACAUUAAGCCCGUUAUCUCUUGGUUUGUCUUCAAUGAUGAUGCCGCCUAAUACUUCAACACCACCAAUAUCCCCUUCGGUUACCUGUUCAUCUCCCAUGGGUGGUAGCCUGUGGCAGAACAAGGCGAACCUUUCACUGCCUACGUUGCAACUCCCAGGUAGCCGGCUGAAAACAGCCUUGAGUGCAAGAGAUAUGGAAUUGGAUAUGGCCCAACACCAACAGAGGCAGCUGGUGGAUGAGAUGGCCAGUCUCUCUUCCCCAUACAGCAGAAUUGGGGAUUUGAAGCCUACUAAUCUUGAUGAUAUUUUUGGAUCUCUCGAUCCUUCAUUAGUAUCUCAAUUGCAAUGCCUCUCGCCUAAUGUUAACAAUUCUACCACCUCGCAGUUGCAAUCUCCAACUGGCCUUCAGAUUCGCCAAAACAUGAACCAACUCCGAGCAAGCUACCCUUCCAACCUCGCAUCCUCUCCAGCUAGGAAGCCCUCCUCGUAUGGGUUUGACUCCUCAGCAGCUGUUGCAGCAGCAGUCAUGAACUCUAGGUCGUCUGCUUUUGCAAAGCGCAGCCAGAGCUUUAUCGACCGUGGUGGGGUUAGCCGGGCUAGCCUUUCUGGUGCAGCCAAUUCCCCAACCGCCAUGUCAUCUAAACUCUCGGAUUGGGGCUCUCCAGAUGGAAAAUUAGAUUGGGGCUUCAAUGGUGAUGAUGCAAAUAAGCUUCGAAAAUCAGCAUCUUUCGGUUUUCGCAGUAGCAAUGCUUCUGCUACAACAACAAUGACUCCAUCAAAUGUGAAUGAACCAGAUGUCUCUUGGGUGAAUUCACUGGUAAAGGAUGUGCCCUCUGCUACUGGUCCUGACCAGAAUCAUGGAGGGGUUCAUGAUAUGGUGCCGCAUUGGGUUGAUCAAUUUUAUUUAGAGCAGGAACAGAUUGUGGCUUAAACCGGCAUCACAUCCAUUUGAAGAUUACCGUUAAUUAGAUUGAUAUUCUUUCAGAUUCUUAUUUAUAUCUUAUAUUAUUAGAUGGUUCAAGUUAAACACACAACUGUUGCUUGGAUGAAUGACUGAUCAUGUAUUGUUUCAAGAGCUAGAACGAAAUUUUUUUAAUUUUUUCAAUGUAUUUCUCUCCCCGUGGGGUAUAGUUUAUGUAUUCCUUAACGUUCAAGAGAUAAUGAAAGAAUGCCAAGAUAAUUUUUGCUUUGCCAA